AUGAAACCUAGCUUAUGCUACACCUACUGCACGCUGUUACUGGUAUCGCUCGUUUCCAGUUGCACGCUGUUCAUCAUAGUGGCCUCAGAAACACUGAAGCCAAAUGCUGACGAUCAGCUGAAGCAGCACGGUGCCGGAUCACAUGAGGCGGUAAAUAGUAACCACCAGGCACAACCGUCAAUCGGUGCUGAUUCUCACGGAAACCGGGUGGACAAAGGAUCGAAUGCGUUCCCUCACAAGCGGGUAAUUUCCAGUGGGAUCGAACCAUCUCCAGGGCGUGCACGGACUAAAGUGAGUUCACAAGAUGGAUUCGAGCGGAAUGAUGCACAAGGGAAGAAUGCCCAGCACGGGAUGCGACCUCUUAAAAGGCCAUCCCAGGGUAAAGCGAGUAGGAAUACUCCCAAGAAAGAUAUUCUGACGGAAAAGCCUAACCAACAGCAGCAGCAGGAUGAACCACCGGAUCUUAAGGAUGUGAUAUUUUUGGAUACCAUUUCCAAAAACGUUGGCGUCACUAAUAGUGGGUUACAAGACAUUCCAGGACCACCAUCGAUAAUCACGCUGGUGGACAAUCAGCAUCAUGAGCUGAACAACAUCGAAAGCAAGUUGGAGGAGAACUUAGAGGCAACACUAAAGAAUCUAUCGCACAACAAUGUACAUACAGUGCAAACAACCGUUCCGUUGCACGAUGAUGUCGAUGAUCGUCAGCAGUUGGUUGGUGCUACAGACGCAACAGUGGAAGAUCACAGUAAUGGUACGAUCGAAGCACAGGAAAUCACCACCAUACAACCGAAAGCGAACGAGCCGCCGUUGUUGGUGAUGAUUCCCAUGAAGGAUGCGGACGAUGUAGCGACAGGAUCUACUCCACCGCCUGGUGAUUUUUCUUCGGCACAAGAAGCAACGGAAGAUGCUAAGCUAGCUGCUGAUGCAGGCACUGCCGCUGUUGUACCACCGAAACAGCUCGAAGUGAACCUAACCGAAGAGAAUCCAAUGCCCGUGUUUAGCGAGUGGGCCCAGAAACAAAUGGCCGAGGCGGAGAAAAAGUUAGGCGAGGUGGUGAAUGCGUCCGCCAUGAAGAAGGGCACCAAACCCGCCGGUAGUAAAACGGGCGGUGGCGCUAUGAAGCUACGUGCGAAAAAUUAUGCGGCACCGGAGUGUGGGGCAAAGAUUAUAGCUUCGAACCCGGAGGCGCAAAGUACGGGUUCGGUGCUCACCGCACCCAAGGAUGAGUAUCUAUUGAAUCCGUGCACUAGCAAGAUUUGGUUCGUGGUGGAACUGUGCGAACCGGUACAGGCGGAACGGAUCGAGCUAGCCAAUUUUGAACUGUUCUCAUCGUCACCGAAAGAGUUCACCGUGUCGGUUAGUAAUCGGUUUCCGACGCGCGAUUGGGCCAAUGUAGGCCAGUUCACGGCGAGAGACGAACGGGAUGUGCAGAGCUUUCAGCUGCAUCCGCAUCUGUUCGGCAAGUUCGUACGGGUCGAGAUACUUUCGCAUUACAAUCAGGAACAUUUCUGUCCGGUGUCAUUGUUUCGCGUGUACGGCACGUCCGAGUUUGAAGCGUUCGAGACAGACAACACACCGUUGCUGCCGGACGAUGACGACGACGACGAUGAGAUUGUGUUGGGUAAUGGAGUGGGCAGUAAGGUGCUAGUGCAGACUGGUGAACCCGGCGCUACUGAAGGCGGAGCAGCCCUUGAUGAAGAAAACGCAUUAACACCCCAAGGUGGAAAUCAGCACGAGGAAGGAUCGCUGGAGAAACUGGGAAACGAUGCACUGGUUGGGCGGAAGGGAGGAAAAAAUCCGAACAAUAUUCUAAAAUCUGCCGGCGAGGUGGUAAUGAAUAUGGUUAAAAAAGCUGCCGAAGCACUCGGAAAAAGUGGGAACGAUAGUAACGAUUCGUCGAUCGGAGGCGCCACAACCGAAGGGACACCAACGGGGGGAAGUAUUUCGGUUACGACUGUUCCGACGAGCCUGCCAGUAGCAUCAGCGUCAUCUUGCGUUACACUAGCUUAUACAAUACGUUGCGUUAAUUGCACCGACCAUUUUCGGGCUCGGCUCGAGUCUUUGAUGAAUUGCAAACACAAUCUUCUCACUAGUCUACUAGAAGUGGCGCGAAUCGAGCGAUCGUUCGAUUCCGCCCAGCAUUUUCUAUGUGCCAACGUGUUAGGAUUUAACUUACCGCGAUCGAUACAGGGCGAGGGUCUGGGGACCGGCGAGAUGUCACCCGCGGCUUGCAUGAACAUGCGCUACAGUGUGCUUAAUCUGUUGCCGGACGAGCUGGUGGCCGGGCUUUGCAAUAUGGUGGCGUUUGAUCUGAAUCUUAUAUCGAAGUCACAUCGCGAUGGUAUGCAGGAGAAGGAAGUAAUUGAAGGAAGUGACAUACAGGUGCAAGAAAAUGAUAAAAAUUCAUUGCAACAUACGCAUAGCGGGGGUGAUGGGGCCAAGAAUAUACCGGCACAACAAUAUGAAGAGCACACGUCCGCACCGGGUAAAUUAGUCAACGAUAUUAAUCACAUACCAAAAACAGUUGAAAAUGGAAACAAAUCUGACCAACAAGGGCACGAUAUUGCAAAUCAAGAAAAAGAACCUGUGACCCCCGAAGAAGACGGGAGUGAUCAGGCUUUGUUUGAAAAUUCGUCCAAAGAAGAUGUGAACAUGUUCAACAUUGCUACCGAACCGUCGGUUUCUACUACGCCGGAACCAUCUCGAGAUGAUACGUCUCACACUAUGGAUGGAUCUAAGGAUCAGGAACAACAUCAGCAUCAGCCCCAUCAAGAACAGCGAGAAAAGGAAGACUUUGUCAACAAUCACCAUUGGGAAACGAUAGACGAUGGUAUACUGGGUGUUGGCGGACACCAUCCUUCGGAAAUAAGCGGAACAGGCCCUUCAGGCAAUGGAGGAUUUGCGACAGGGCCUUCCGCUACUACUGCCCCAUCGGGAAUGGGAUCCGGGCAGCAAAAAGUGCAACCGGAAAGUGUUUUCCUACGAUUAUCCAACAGAAUUAAGGCACUUGAACGAAAUAUGAGUCUUUCGGGACAGUACCUGGAGGAGUUGAGUCGUCGCUAUCGCAAGCAGGUGGAAGAAUUGCAGCAUUCCUACGCCAAAACAUUGCACGAGAUCCAGGAACAGAACCAACGUAUGGUGGAAAGUGAGAUGAAGCUGCGAGAAGUGAACGAACGUUUGCGGCAGGAUCUGGUGGAAUUUCAGGCGACGGCUACGGAUUGGCGUAACAUUGCCCUAACCGUGUUGGCAUUUAUCGUACUGAUGCUUUUUAUUCUGGUCGCGUUGGUACUUUCGGUAGCGAACCGUGUUAAUCGACUGGCAAAUGGGCACACGGUCGACAAACAGCAGCAACCUGUUCCAAUUCCACAGAGCGUUAUUGAUCGUGAGUUGGCACAGGUUGGUUCGGAUGUGAAACCGAUUCGUGGUCGAAUGCUGCGAAGAAAAUCAAUCGAUGGUAUGCCGAUGGGCGGUGGGAUCGAUGUGACCGGUAGCACGAUCAGUAGCGCCUCGGGAAUUAUUAUUGCGACCGCUGAAUCAUCUAUGGUGGCCACGAGUAUGUCACCGGCACGGUUACGCAAAAAGCGACCAAGUGAGGAGGCGCUUAAUAUCAGUGGCACGUACGUGAAUCUGUUGAUCGACGAUGAGCAGCCCGUCGUCGAACCAGUAGUGUUGGAGAGGAAGAAAUCAAAACAUAAGCACCGGAAAGUGUCCGCACCGUCGAUGAUGGCGGGUAGUUCAACAUCGCCUUACCGUAGCGGUUUUUCGCAUCAUGAACCAGCGAAACGAUCAGUGUCCAUGAUCGAACCGCAGGAGCAGCAACGCUGGAGAAUGACGCCAAUGAAUGGGAACUCGGAACGUCAGCAAACUCCCGAGAGGGAAAACAGUGGUCGUAUCGAUGAGUUGCCGUACCUGGAAGAUAAUGACGAAUUUAUCAUACCCACGGCAAGUGAUUUAUCGUACGAUGAGUAUGUGCCUGGCCAGAAUGUUUCCACGGCGGAGGCUGAACUGAUGCCGAACGUUACGGAAAGACCCGGUAAUGGAACGUCCGAUAGGAACGGGAGUGUACCGCCACAGUUGCUGGCAAAUGGUGGCGGUGCAGCAGAUGGAAUGGAACCGAAAGCAAACCUUUCCAAAUCGGCACGUCGUCUAUCGUCGCCGGCAUUUUUCAAAAGCUCACUGUUGCGCUCAAGCCUUGGGUCGAAAAAACGUUCGUCUAAAAAAUCUAUCAAUGGUAACAGUAGUAACAACACUAGCAGUAAUAGUAGCAGCUGUAAUAGUUCCAACACCAGCAGCGGCAGCAACAACAGUUCCGUUGUGAAGGAGCUGGGUGCAGGCGAUGCGGGAUUAGGUGAAACCGUUCGUACUACACCCCAGGACAGCUGGUACCGUUGGUGGUCAUCGGAGCAGAGCAAAGUGCUUUCCUCCUCUACACCGUCAUCUAGUCAGGAGGUUGGUGCGUCACCGGACGGCAAACAGCAGCCCCAUCGCCAAAGGAUAGGAAAAGCCAAAUCAGCCAGCCCAUCCGAUGGUGGCUCCAAACAGUUGGAACAGGAACCGGUGAAGCUGUCCGUUUCGUUCAAUGGUGAUCUGCCGUCGAACGGUGUUGCGGCCACCAGUGGAAAUGGAGGUGCGUUGGAACGCAAAUCUAGCCGGGGCAGUAUACGACGAUUGUUCCGCAAGGUGUUCUGA